GAUUUUGAUGAAUGCCAGUCCCCAGAUGCUUGUGGAGACAAUCAUGUUUGUAAUAACACCGUUGGCUCGUACCGAUGUGAAUGUCCAAUCGGAUUUGUUGCUGAUUCUGGUGCACAGAAUCCACGGCAUACCGUUUGUGUCGGUAAGAUAUUAAUUCAUGUGUUUAUGUCAUUAAGUUUUUAGUGACCAUCUUUCGUAGGUGAAUCUUUGUUAUUACCAGAGAAAAUGUGAUGCUGAUCACCAUCAGGCGCCAGUUGUUCAAAACGUGAUUAGCGCUAUCCACCGGGUAGCGCCAUUGGUUUCCCUAAUACUUAUCCGAAGAAUAGCGAUUUAUUCGAUGGGUAGCGCUAGCCAUCGUUUGAACAACCGGGGCCCGCGGGGGUUAAUGAUGAUCAAGGAAUGCGCAGUAUUUAUUAAACCACCUUGAGGGACUGAUAAACAGUAUUGAAGAAUUUUCUUCGUAACUGUCGUAGAUUUUGAUGAAUGCCAGUCCCUAGAUGCUUGUGGAGGCAAUCAUGUUUGUAAUAACACUGUUGGCUCGUACCGAUGUGAAUGUCCAAUCGGAUUUGUCGCUGAUUCUGGUGCACAGGAUCCAAGGCAUCCUGUUUGUGUCGGUAACAUGUUAAUUCAUGUGUUCACGUCAUUAGUUUUAGUAACCAUCUUUGGUAGACGAAUCUUUGUUAUUACCAGGAGAAAUUUGAUGCUGAUCACCAUCAGGCGCCGGUUGAUCAAAAGAUGAAUAGCGCUAUCCACCGGAUAAAUCACUAUGCACUGGAUAGCGCAAUUGGUAUUCCUAACACUUAUCCGAGGGAUAGUGAUUUUUCCGAUGGAUAACGGUAUCCAUCUUUUCGACAACCGGGGCCAGGGGGUUAUUGAGGAUCAAGGCAUGCGCAGUAUUUAUUAAACCACCUUGAGGGACUGAUAAACAAUACUGAAGAAUUUUCUACCUAACUGUCUUAGAUUUUGAUGAAUGCCAGUCCCCAGAUGCUUGUGGAGACAAUCAUGUUUGUAAUAACACUGUUGGCUCGUACCGAUGUGAAUGUCCAAUCGGAUUUGUCGCUGAUUCUGGUGCACAGGAUCCAAGGCAUCCUGUUUGUGUCGGUAAGAUGUUAAUUCAUGUGUUCACGUCAUUAGUUUUAGUGACCAUCUUUGGUAGACGAAUCUUUGUUAUUACCAGGAGAAAUUUGAUGCUGAUCACCAUCAGGCGCCAGUUGAUCAAAAGAUGAAUAGCGCUAUCCACCGGAUAAAUCACUAUCCACUGGAUAGCGCAAUUGGUUUCCCUAACACUUAUCCGAGGGAUAGUGAUUUUUCCCAUGGAUAACGGUAUCCAUCUUUUCGACAACCGGGGCCAGGGGGCUAUUGAGGAUGAGGGCAUGCGCAGUAUUUAUUAAACCACCUUGAGGGACUGAUAAACAAUACUGAAGAAUUUUCUAUGUAACUGUCUUAGAUUUUGAUGAAUGCCAGUCCCCAGAUGCUUGUGGAGACAAUCAUGUUUGUAAUAACACCGUUGGCUCGUACCGAUGUGAAUGUCCAAUCGGAUUUGUUGCUGAUUCUGGUGCACAGGAUCCACGGCAUACCGUUUGUGUCGGUAAGAUAUUAAUUCAUGUGUUCAUGUCAUUAAGUUUUUAGUGACCAUCUUUCGUAGGUGAAUCUUUGUUAUUACCAGAGAAAAUUUGAUGCUGAUCACCAUCAGGCGCCAGUUGUUCAAAACGUGAUUAGCGCUAUCCACCGGGUAGCGCCAUUGGUUUCCCUAAUACUUAUCCGAAGAAUAGCGAUUUAUUCGAUGGGUAGCGCUAGCCAUCGUUUGAACAACCGGGGCCCGCGGGGGUUAAUGAUGAUCAAGGAAUGCGCAGUAUUUAUUAAACCACCUUGAGGGACUGAUAAACAGUAUUGAAGAAUUUUCAUUGUAACCGUCGUAGAUUUUGAUGAAUGCCAGUCCCUAGAUGCUUGUGGAGACAAUCAUGUUUGUAAUAACACUGUUGGCUCGUACCGAUGUGAAUGUCCGAUCGGAUUUGUCGCUGAUUCUGGUGCACAGGAUCCAAGGCAUCCUGUUUGUGUCGGUAAGUUGUUAAUUCAUGUGUUCACGUCAUCAGUUUUAGUGACCUUCUUUGGUAGACGAAUCUUUGUUAUUACCAGGAGAAAUUUGAUGCUGAUCACCAUCAGGCGCCAGUUGAUCAAAAGACGAAUAGCGCUAUCCACCGGAUAAAUCACUAUCCACCGGAUAGCGCAAUUGGCUUCCCUAACACUUAUCCGAGGGAUAGUGAUUUUUCAGAUGGAUAACGGUAUCCAUCUUUUCGACAACCGGGGCCAGGGGGUUAUUGAGGAUCAAGGCAUGCGCAGUAUUUAUUAAACCACCUUGAGGGACUGAUAAACAAUACUGAAGAAUUUUCUAUGUAACUGUCUUAGAUUUUGAUGAAUGCCAGUCCCCAGAUGCUUGUGGAGACAAUCAUGUUUGUAAUAACACCGUUGGCUCGUACCGAUGUGAAUGUCCAAUCGGAUUUGUUGCUGAUUCUGGUGCACAGGAUCCACGGCAUACCGUUUGUGUCGGUAAGAUGUUAAGUCAUGUGUUCAUGUCAUUAAGUUUUUAGUGACCAUCUUUGGUAGAUGAAUCUUUGUUAUUACCAGAGAAAAUUUGAUGCUGAUCACCAUCAGGCGCCAGUUGUUCAAAACGUGAAUAGCGCUAUCCACCGGGUAGCGCCAUUGAUUUCCCUAAUACUUAUCCCAUUGCCAGAAAUCGUGGACAUUUCGCGCCCGUGAUUAAUUGUCAGCGGAAUCUCAUUUCCAAAUGGCGGACAAAAACGAUCGUAGUCAGGGAAAGAGUAUCCCCUGCGAUUUUUUAAAAUAAUUUGAGCUCUGUGGAUCCGUUUUACGAGGAAAAAAGCUGGAAUAAAACACCUAGCAAGAAAAUGUUAGGUUUAUACUCGGCCGAGCGGCUGAUAGCAACAAAACAGUACGCGGAUGUACCUUUCGUGACAUUUUCGUGACAUUUUCGUGACAAUUUUGUUUUAAAACCAAGCCUGGUAGGCUAAUCGAGGAUUUUUGAAUACCUGGAACCUAGGUUAUAUCCCGUGAAGCAUCUCUCGAGUUUUAGCAAAAAACAAAAUGGCGAUUCGGUGAGGUUUGGAGUUGUGAAGCUUUGUCCGACCGAAAUGAGUCAUUCGCAACUAUGGCGUCCAUUACUGGACUACAGAUGGAAAACUGAGGGAAAUAACGCGCCUUUUGGAAGUAUUUUCCAGUGCAAAAAUCGUCCUUUUAACGACUGUUUUGGAAACAUCUUCCAUCGCAGAAGUAAUAUCGAGUCGUGCAAAUUUACUUCAGUGAAGGGUUUAUCCUCUAAUCGACGAGUAUUUCGCAUGACUUCGGCAAGAUUUUAAGACAAUGUAUGGAGAAAUGGAGCGUACAACGAGAGAUAAAAGUGGCCACUUCGGGAAGUAAGUAAACCUACUUCUAAUUAGCUAUUUUUAACCCAGAUGCGAAGGUUACACAGCACUUAACAUGUUUCGAGUCGUGCACCGAACACCCGUGAGCUCAUAAUCGAUAUAUUUGAAAAAGUUUCCUUAUCUCCAUACAUUUUCUUAUGCGAAUUCGCAGCCAUUGUGGUCUUAGUGCGCACGCGCAACCGCCAUCUUGUCCCUAAUUUCUGGCAAUGCGAUGAAUAGCGAUUUAUGCGAUGGGUAGCGCUAGCCAUCGUUUGAACAACCGGGGCCCGCGGGGGUGAAUGAUGAUCAAGGCAUGCGCAGUAUUUAUUAAACCACCUUGAGGGACUGAUAAAUAGUAUUGAACAAUUUUCUUUGUAACUGUCGUAGAUUUUGAUGAAUGCCAGUCCCUAGAUGCUUGUGGAGACAAUCAUGUUUGUAAUAACACUGUUGGCUCGUACCGAUGUGAAUGUCCAAUCGGAUUUGUCGCUGAUUCUGGUGCACAGGAUCCAAGGCAUCCUGUUUGUGUCGGUAAGAUGUUAAUUCAUGUGUUCACGUCAUUAGUUUUAGUGACCAUCUUUGGUAGACGAAUCUUUGUUAUUACCGGGAGAAAUUUGAUGCUGAUCACCAUCAGGCGCCAGUUGAUCAAAAGAUGAAUAGCGCUAUCCACCGGAUAAAUCACUAUCCACUGGAUAGCGCAAUUGGUUUCCCUAACACUUAUCCGAGGGAUAGUGAUUUUUCAGAUGGAUAACGGUAUCCAUCUUUUCGACAACCGGGGCCAGGGGGUUAUUGAGGAUCAAGGCAUGCGCAGUAUUUAUUAAACCACCUUGAGGGACUGAUAAACAAUACUGAAGAAUUUUCUACGUAACUGUCUUAGAUUUUGAUGAAUGCCAGUCCCCAGAUGCUUGUGGAGACAAUCAUGUUUGUAAUAACACCGUUGGCUCGUACCGAUGUGAAUGUCCAAUCGGAUUUGUUGCUGAUUCUGGUGCACAGGAUCCACGGCAUACCGUUUGUGUCGGUAAGAGCUUAAUUCAUAUGUUCAUGUCAUUAAGUUUUUAGUGACCAUCUUUGGUAGAUGAAUCUUUGUUAUUACCAGGGAAAAUUUGAUGCUGAUCACCAUCAGGCGCCAGUUGUUCAAAACGUGAAUAGCGGUAUCUACCGGAUAAAUCACUAUCCCCUGGAUAGCGCCAUUGGUUUCCCUAAUACUUAUCCGAUGAAUGGCGAUUUAUUCGAUGGGUAGCGCUAACCAUCUUUUGAACAAUCGGGGCCCGGGGGUUAAUGAUGAUCAAGGCAUGCGCAGUAUUUAAUAUAUAGAUUUAGCCAGGGCUAAAAGCGAAGCUCCCGUUAAUAAAUUUAUAAGUUAAAUCAAACAAUAAACUUGUAAUCCACAGAUCAGGGCACAUUCAUUUGACUUUUGAGGCAAAGGCUGAGUGAUUUUAGAGAAAAAUCAGAAUUUGACCGUCCAAGAGUGAAACAAAUUUUACAUCAAGUUAUUUGUACACCGAAACAUGGCAAUGAUGUUCGAUCACAGUAGAUUAGGCCUGGAAAACAAAUAGACCUAUUCGUGUAUUGUAUUUGCAUUAGCUGUAGCAUCAUAAUGUGGCAUUCACCAGUCUCUCCAACAUUGCUCCGUUAGAGAGACUAUGGAUAAUUGGACAACCCCGAAAUAUAAUUUUAAGAAACAGAUGCGCCACGAUAGUCCUGGGUGGCAGCCAAUUUACACGUUGCAUUCCUCUGUCUAAAAGAGAGGCCAAAAUAAAAAUCAGGCCGGAUUUUUUGUGUUCGACAAGUUUAGUUUACGAGUAAAUCUUGGCGACGAAUCUGGUGGCGUGUAAACCAGCCUUUUAAACAUACUUUUUCUCAUCACGUCUCAGGUAAACAGUACACAGACCUCGGACAGAAUUUGUUCUUUUCUGCCCUAUUUAAACCUAUAAUUCUGCAGUUUUUCACAAUUUUGCAAGAGAAUUUGCACUCAUUCAAUAUCCACGACGAUCAAAGCACGCGCUUCCUUUGCACAACAAAUUAUAGCAUUGAAUUAUAAAACGUUUUCUGUUAGAAAAAUCUGGUCCUAUGUGAUAUGCAGGGUAAUAAUUAUGAGCUUUUAAUGAAAACGAUAAAAAAAAUUCCCAAAAUCACUUUUCGGCCAGCCCGGCGGACGGGUUCUCACUUUUCACAGGCACCAAAUUUGCAGUGCGAUUAAUAGAGUUACCAUUUACGCUUCAACAUGAUAGAGAAAUUGUUAUGUUUAGGUUUUAUUUCCCUAUAUUCAUUAAACUGUGUAUUAUUUUGUUAUGUGUAAUCUUUAAAAGCGAGUGAUAUUUACGCGCGGCGUUUUGAGUAUUCCUGCAUGCGAUGUUUAUGUUCGACUAGAAACAACCGGUGCAGCGAUGAAAAUUGCGAGCAGGACUACUGGCAAUCAAUAAAAUAAGUUUAAUUCGGUGAAACAUGUACAGAGACAAUAAUUUUCAUUCACGAAGAGAAGUAUUGAGAGUAAAGUGUCUCAGAAAAUCAUGAGUCAGGCAAGCAUAAGCUUAUUUAUGUUUUAAGCCGGCUUCCCGGUGUUCGCUCUUUUUCACGAUGAACUCGAGGCUCAGAGCUUUCUGUUUACAGCCAAAAUCAUAACUAAAUUAUCUUCGGCACCUUUUCUUUGAAUUUGCGGGUGAAAACAUGUCUAAAGGCUUUCUAAACCUGAUACUGUUGUAGGUUAGAUCAUUGCUCGUGUUUUAACUUAAGCCGCAUAAACCAUACGCUCGACUUCAGGAAACCGCAAAAAAAAAAAACAUCAAAAACAAUAAUGGCUCAGGCUUACCAGUCGAGAUGCUGCUUUUGAAGGUCAUCAAGUGUUCCAGAAUCCCUUGAGACUUUUCAACCCUCUUACGCCUCAAACAAGGGCAAGUGAGUAAGCUCAUUUUUGAAAACGAUGCCAUCCGAAAUCGGAUUUCCAAUGACUUUGACAAGCGGUGCAUUUGUCAACAAAAAGCGCAACAAACAAACCAGCCACGAAUUACAGAACAAUCUUGAUAGCAGUUGUAUUUCACUUUGUACACCAAGUAGAAAAAGACAGUUUAAAACAUCACACGAUGACACAAAACUCUCUCAGCUCCAGCUAUCAGUGAGCAAGUUUCCAGACGCUGCAUAAAUUUUCCGCAUAAACUCACCUGUCAAAUUUUGACCAAUCAGAACAUAAAAAUUGGACGUAGAGCGUGAUUAACGCGUGACAGUGAGAAAAGUCAAAAGCGAUUGCCUUCCCUGCAUGUAAAUGUAAAAUCCGGUUGAAUUUUCGUGUCCGAGAUCAGUUCGAAAUCAACAUUUUAAAAGUGCGGCUCAUGAAACACGACAUAUUUCAUAUGCAUUUUAAAAAAAUUGAACUUGAGCCUGCGAUCAUUUGAAAAGUAGCAACUUGUCAGCGGAUACCUUCAAAAUAUUACUCGAACUCAGAGGUUCGAUACCUGAGCCCGCGAUACCGUCAGGCGAUACUGGUCAGCAGAAACACUGUUUUGACAACUGUCAAUUAAUCAAAACAUGGAUGUACAAUAUCAGGUUGCAGGCUCCCAAACUAGCAAGAAAGUGUGAGAUUAAACAUUGGUAUGCCUGUGGUGCGGACGGACGGAAGGUCGGGUUGUCGGUGUACAGUCACGUGAUUGCCGAAUUUUCUAGGAUGGAUAGAUUUUCUAUAAAGCUAUGGGGCUUCGAAUUGAGCCCGUGAUCAAAUAAAAUAUCAGCGCAAAACUUUAAACACUACGUGACCUCAAUGGAUAGAAAAAUGAGCCCGCGAUCCACUCAGGUGAUGAUGGUCAGCGUAUACUCUAGUUUGACAGCUGUCAAUUAACCUUCAUUAGAAUGACGAAUAUUCGAAUUAACAGACUGCGAGUGUGAGUAGGACAUUUCCGUCCGGCAUGUAGUGGAAAAUGGCAGAUCGUGUACCUGAGCGAACCCGAGCCCUCGAUAUUAGUUUUCUGAUAGUGGUCUGCACAUGUCCCAUUUUGAAAGCUGUCAAUUGACCUUAAUUUGGCUUGCCAAUGUAACCUUAAACGACUGUCACCCAACUGACAGCCUUGCGCGGCGUAGUUUCGUUUAUAUGUUGAAUUGGUAAGUGUGACAUAUUAUAUCAGCUUAUAUAUAGGGGCAAAACGACUGGUCUUUUAUCUGAGCCCGCGAGACGGUCAUGUGAUAAUUGUCAGCGGAUGUCUGAUUUUGACAGUUGUCAGUCUAAUCGUACUCAUACGGAUGGCUUACAUAACUAAGAGGCUAGUCAAGUUGUGCAAGAUCUAUUGUGACAUUUGACAUCGGCUUACAUGAAGUGUGUGUACGGACGGGCGGGCGUACGCUACGUCAUAACCAAAUUUUCUCGGAUGGAUAGUUUACCAAAUUUUCUUACCCAUGGUGCUCCGCUAUUAAACCACCUUCACUUGAUCGAUUGAUAAACAAUAUUAAAGAAUUUUCUUUGUAACUGUCGUAGAUUUUGAUGAAUGCCAGUCCCUAGAUGCUUGUGGAGACAAUCAUGUUUGUAAGAACAUCGCUGGCUCGUACCGAUGUGAAUGUCCAAUCGGAUUUGUCGCUGAUUCUGGUGCACAGGAUCCAAGGCAUCCCGUUUGUGUCGGUAAGAUGUUAAUUCAUGUGUUUAUGUCAUUAGUGACCAUCGUUGGUAGACGAAUCUUUGUUAUUACCAGGAGAAAUUUGAUGCUGAACACCACCAGGCGCCAGUUGUUCAAAAGGUGAAUAGCGAUAUCCACCGGAUAAAUCACUAUCCCCUGGAUAGCGCAACUGGUUUCCCUAAUGCUUAUCUGAUGGAUAGCGCUAUCCAUCUUUGAACAAGGAGGAUCAAGGCAUGCGCAGUGUUUUUGGGGCAUGCGAGCCGAAUCAAAUCUGCCAAUUAUCACGGUAUGUAGCUGCCACUGAUUAAUAGCCUACUCAUGUCUUAUACGACACAUACCAAGAAAUUCAUAAGGUAUAGUAAAUGAUGAUACUUGUUAUGCCUUCGUAAUGCACAAACCGUCCACGUGGUGUAAAGACCACCGCAGUUUUCACACUGGUACUUUUUCCGGUACGGAUAUAGCCUCCCAGGCAGGCCUUUUUAGGGGAGCUCGUUUUUCAUCCCUCAGAACGAGCUCCCCUAAAAACGCCCGCGUGGGAGGCUAGUACGGAUAUGGUUUCCAUUUUUCUGGCUCGAGUGAAAAGUCCGUUCUCUACCGCCACCCUCCACCCUCGACCCAUGUAAUGCAGCUUCUCUUCUUUGCUCGUUUACACUUUACUGUUCUGUUACAGUAGCUCUGAGCUAGUCUGUGCCAGGCUUUCGGAUAGUAGGGAGGUGGCAAAAAAAAAAAAAAACAGCAAGGAAAAUGAAGACGCGCGUAACCAGGAGAACGGGGUGGCGCUUUCUCUUUCCUCAACCCCCGCGCGUUUUUCGCACCAGUUUUCACGAUCUGGAGCUUUGAACAAGCUACAUCUGAGCGUUCUGUCUCUGUAGUUAUGUAUUUCUGGGUCAAAAAGGCCCAUUUGUUUUGACACACUUUACAAAUUGCACCAAAGAAAGAUUUUUAAUGCAAUUUAAAGCCAAUUGAGAGCUUAAACAACGACGAUGACGACGGUAGCGAAAACGUCGCCGCUUUAUUUUUCAAUGCAGGCGAUUUGGGGGGUUGAGUUCUUAAGGACUUUAUCCAGCUUUAAAAAGGGAAUAGAAAAUUCGUCGUCUUAUGGUUACAUCCUUCAAGAAACGUCGCAUUAGGAGGUUUCACGUCAUAGUCGUUCUGUGGACGUCAAAUAAAUGUACUCCAAAUGGUGGAUCGGAGGACAAAACACUGACCCCCCCCAAUCCAUGGACUACCCUUAUGGACUACCCUAAAAUGGACUACGCCGCUGAAGUUUAGUGAUUAGGUUUAACUAGGAAACUGCGUGAACCAAGUUUCAGGACAGGAUCAAAUGGAACCUGGUUCACUCAGUUUCCUAACCCUAAUCACUUAACUUUAUUGUGUAUAGUCCAUUUUGUGGUUGUCCACCUGACUCCACCACCACUACAAAGCGGAUAAGCUGUUGUUUGUGGUUGUCAUCAUCGUCGUCGUGGCUGCUUUUAAACUUCAAAGCUCCUUUAAGUUUAUAAGACAACAUCUGGAAGUCGCCUUUUCAUAUCAUUUUUUCACUUGGGUGCAUGUGGUCUAUUUUUCAGAUAUGGAUGAGUGUGUUCACACCCUUGAGUACCUGGGCUGCAGCCCAAAUUCUUUUUGUAUCAAUUUCAUUGGCUCCUUUUUCUGCGCCUGUAAAGAAGGAUAUUUGGGAGAUGGACGGACUUGCCAAAGUGAGUUCUGGGUCAACCUUACCGUGCGCUUAUUUUGAGAGACUAGUUUAUGAGCCCCUGUAUGACCAUACUUAUCAAAUUAUAAAACCGAUGACAGUCUGGUUUAAAUGCAUCGGCUCAACCGUAACUCAUUUUUCGACUGUUAUCAAAAAUCACAACUGGUCUAAUUCGUCAACAGAGCGUCAUUCCUUGGGUUUUGGUUCUGGUUCUCGAAAGUAGAAAAACACGAACAGAGAACGCUCAAACUGAUUCCAAGAUGGAUUUAGUUUCGAUUACCAGCCGCUGUUCGGAAUUUGAGCCUGCGCCGGGGAAUUCGGUUACGGCUGAGGCUGAUAACACUUAUUAUUCCAGAAUGAUAUAACAAAAACCCAAUCUAGCAGUUGUUUUGAACAAAUAAAUGCUGUGGGAGUUGAAAUUUUUUCUUAUGGAAAAUGUUCCAAUAAAUUUGCAUAGAUUCUGGCCACACGAGUUAAAAUUAAUCGCCCCAUUGGAGGGCGAAAAGCGAAAAGGCUGGUUAUUAUAGCAAGCGUUAUCUCUCCCCUUCUUCCUUUGCGUGUUGCUUAUCAUCAUAAUCCUUACCUUUUAUUGAGACUGUUGAUUAUUUUCCCAUGGUUUUUAUAAAUCUCUUGUAAGGGAUAAGGGUUUGUAUUCAUAUCUCUGUUCUGUUUUAGCAAAACAAGUUAUGAUGGAGAGGCUGUGUGCAGACCGUGGGGGAUUGGUAGGGCCAUGUGACGUCAAUGGUCCUUGUAGAUGCAAG